CUGAGCCCCAGCACACGCGCAGUCUGAGCCGCGCAAACAUGGACGCGUGAAGCUCCCUUUUUAUAGCGAAUUUCCAGGAAUUUGCAACAUGAGGUGGGUUAUAACUCGGUGUGUGUUGUGGUUGGUCACUGCAUUCCAUGGCGUAACAGUCAGUGCUUGUGACUGGAGGACCCUAAACAUGCAGUGACUUGUGGCCGAGUGGUGUGAAGGUGUGGCAGCAAGAGGACGCCCAACAGUCACCUCAGGCCACUGCUGCAGGGAGGCUGUGGUGAUGCUGUGCCUCUGUGCUGGAGCCAAGACACACAGGAAGCUAGUCCAUAUAAGAGAGCAGCAGUACAGUGAGGCCACCAUGGAAAUGCAGUGCCAAGGGGACACCCACCUUACCACUGCUGAUGACUGUACUUAGUCUGCAAUCAACAGCCUCCAUUGUUUGCACCCUCAGUGUACUGUGCCGCCCCUGCCAGUCAAUGUGGCAGCUGGCGGCUGCGUUGUGUGCCCCUCACCCCGCUGACUUGUUCCGUGCCGGGUGCUGUGUGUGUGUGUUUGUCUGGCGGUGUUGAGGCUGUGUGGUGUUAAACUCGUGUUAAUAUUGUAAAAGCCUUCAUGGUUGGCGGCACAAUGGAUGACAUGCAGCGCCUCACCACGCCCUGUGCUGACCUUGAGAGGCUGGCCGCCGCUGCUGCCACCAUGGGCUACUCCUCAGACUCCCUGCCAGUGUCAGCACACCACCUCCCAACCAGCACUGCUCCACCCAGCACUCUGGCCUCCCUCAUGCCCCAGUACCCAGACCCAUACGACCUCUCCCGGGCCCAGUACACCCCCCGCCUCACUGAGUACCCUGCCCGCCCCAUGUAUGAGCAGCCCCGGACUCCCCACUCCACCCCCACACCACCUGCUACCACCCAGCACCAGCACAGCCUCUCCCCAACCCACUCCAACCACUCCUCCCUGGUGACCCGCGCCUCACAGUACAAUGUGGACCGAGCUGCAUUCACCCACAUGGCCACCAGAGCACAGCAGGAGCCACAGCAGCAACAACAGCAGCAGCAACAACAGCAACAGCAGCAGCAGCAGCAGCAGUACACAGCAGUGACAGUGGCUGGCAGCACUGCCGGAGUGGCUGUGCAGUAUGGUGAUGUGAAGUCCGUCACCAGUGUAGCAGUGCCACACACCCAGGCACUGCCCCUGCCGACCCCCGCCUCCCCCUCCCCGUCCAGCAAUGCAGUGUCCCAGGCCGUCACACAGGCAGUCAUGACCUUCGUCCAGGAUGCAAACUUCUCCAUGGAGCCUCCUCUGCCCCUCCCUGUCCCUCCACAGGACAAGAAGCCCAAGAAGAAGGACAAGAAGCCUGAUGGAGAACCCAAGGAAAAGAGAGGAGAGAGUCCCCCAGCAGAAAGCAGUGCAUCAGGGGAGGGCACCAGCAUGGAGGGCAGUGGCAAGGUGGGGCUGGCAGAGGUGCUGGAGCCAGUGCUCAUUGAUGGCAGGAAGUACUACGUGUGUGGUGUGUGUGACGUGCGGUUCCUGCGCAAGUACCAGUUCCGGCGGCACCUCAUCUCCCACACUGGAGAGAAGCGUGGCGCCCUCUCGCUGGAGACCAAGGUGGAGAUCAUCCGCCGCAUCCAGUCAGGUGAGAAGCAGGUGGACCUGGCCAUGGAAUACAAUGUGGGGCGGUCCACCCUCAGCUUCAUCAUGAAGCACGCCGACAAGUUCUUGGGAGUGUGGAAGAAUGGCAAGUUCCACCCAGAGAGCAAGAGGCUGCGCGGCGCCCAGCGGGAGGAUGUGGAGGAGGCACUGUAUGAGUGGUACAAGCAGGCCCUGCAGAUGAACCUGACCAUCACAGGCCCCAUUCUGUGCCAGAAGGCCAAGGACUUUGCCCUCAAGUUGGGCUACAAGGAGUUCAAGGCCACACACGGCUGGCUGGACCGCUUCAAGCACAGAAAGAACAUUGUGCUGGGCCGAGGGAAGCCCAUCAAGGACAAGGAGGGUCAGGAGGACAGCGAGGAGCUCAAGGGGGACUUCACCGGCCAGGUUCUGCCAACAGCCCUCAUGGAGUUUGAGGCCAACGACGUGUUUCACGCAGAUGAGGUGGGCCUGCUGUACCGCAUCCUGCCCAACAAGAUCUCCCCGCUGCGGGGCAACAGGUGUGCUGGUGGCAGCAAGAGCAAGCACCGGGUGACGGUCCUCAUGUGCACCAACAUGACGGGCACCGAGAAGUUCCCACUGCUGGUGAUCGGCAAACACCCCAAACCUAAGUGCUUCAAAAAUGUGAAGAGCCUCCCUGUGCAGUACCUGGCCAACCCCAAGUCCUGGAUGACCACGGAGAGCUUCACCGCCUGGCUGCACGACCUGGACGCCUGGUUUGUGCAGCAGAACAGGAAGGUACUGCUCAUCCUCUCCUCACGUCCCAUCCACCCCAGGGCACCCAAGCUGAACGCGGUGCGGGUGCUAACCAGCCCACAGACCUUCAUCGGCCCGUGCAAGCUGGGCAUGGCUCACUCCCUCAAGAGGAACUACCGGCGGGCUGUGCUGGAGAUGCUCCUCAACUUCAUGGAGGAGGAGAAUGUCAAGAAGAAGAAGAAAGGCAGGUGUCCUUCCAUGCAACUCAACCUGCUGGCCUGCCUGCACCUGCUGGCAGCCGCCUGGCAUGCUGUUACCGACGUCACUAUCAACAACAGCUUCCAGCGGUCCGGCAUUGGGAAGUAUGCCCUCUGGGGCAUGAAUCUCAUUCCUGAAACCAAUCUGGGCACUGAAAACCUGGAGCUACUCCACAAGCUGAAGUCCAAGGGCUUCAAGAUCCCUGACGGCAUCACCUUUGACGAGUACGUCACCUUCGACAGCGACGUGCAGGUGUGUCACCUCAUGGAUGAUGACGACAUCAUCGCUGCGGUGACCGGUGCCGACGUGGAGUCCUCCGACAGCGAGGAGGAGGAGGAGCCGCCAGAGGACGACAAGGUGAAGGUGGAGCGGAAGGACAAGGUGGACCAGGGCGACAACAGCAGCGAGGCCGUGCCUGGCGAAGAGGCGGAGGCGGGGCCUCCCAUGACGGAAGUAGACUCCAGCCUGGACACCCUGCGACAGCAUAUCCAGUACCAGGAGGGGGCACAGGAGAUGUUCCGGGUGUUGGCACACUUGGAAUUCCUGAUCCACAAAGGUUCCAGCCGUCCCCCAGUAGCCAUUGCUGCCACAGAGGCCACCACCACCUGAGAGUGUGGCGUGGUGCGGCACAGACACGGGGCACGGCUCUGGUGUGGUGUGGAGACAUUCCUGUGAGUCUGAGGAACAUUCACACUUCUAAAGAGUGACAUGAAGGUGUAGUGAGGUACCUGGUAACAGAUAGUGUGGUGAUAACUUUAGUCAAUCAAACACUGCCCUAACUAUUGACUGUGUGGGAUUGAACUAGACACUCCCCAUUCUGAGUGUGUUAUACCAGAACUAAUCAUUUUGUAUGUUUAUAAAGUAAACACUCUGGCACUGAACACUGACUUGGUGGGUGAUCCGAGUGUUGUUUUAUCAGGCUCUCACAGUGUUGAGGCGCCAGUGUGCCUGAGAGGGGAGUGCCAUGUGGCCGUAUGCUGCCUGUGAGAGAGGCAACAAGCACUGGAUGGAGUCACCUGAAGUGUUUUUUUUGCACAAACAAAACAACUGUGAUCUUUUGAAAUUCCUUACAUGUAAGAUAGAGCAUAAGUUACUUAGAAAUGCUGUGAGGAGACUCCUGAAAAAGUUGUUUAGUUUUUUACUUUAGUUUAGGAUACAUUUAAAGUAAGAACAAAAAUAUCCAUCCUUGAGUGAGAAUUGAACUGGCAACACAACACAGCACAGCGACACACUUCCUGACCAGUGUUUGUGUGGAGAAGGAAGCAGAAGAAAAGAAGAACUCUCAGGGAAGCAAUGCCAACUCAUGAAGGAGAUAGUGUGUCCCUAGGUGGCAGGAAUAUCAGAGAGGGUGCCAUAAGUAACUGUAUUUUUGUAAUCGGAUCAUGGCUGGGCACAGGAAGUUAAAAUUGAUCAUAACUAGCAGGACUACAUUAAAAUUGGGGUUAUUUCUGAAGGAGAGGCUGGCAUGGGUAUAGAUAUUUGAGUCAGGAGUGAUGUUUGGGGUGCGAUGCUGUGCUAAAGGUAGAAUGUUGUGCAGGAAACUAUUUAAAUCAGGUUCUCAACCUUUUUUCUUAUUAAGAACCCUCUGAGUUAUAAGACUAUUGCCUGAACUCCCAGUAAUCUGACAUUGAACAGCAUGUUAAUUGAGUGGCUGAAAGUAACUCAGUAUGCAAUGGUACUGCAAAGGAUUUUUUUUUUUCUUUUUCUUUUUCUUUUUCUUUUUCUUUGUUAUGGCCUCUAGCACCUGUAGGUGUACUUGAAGAGUAUGUAUGGGAAGCCCUGUUCAUCUUCCACUCAUUAGUGGCACAGGCAAUUUUAUUUCUAGUGGUACCCCAUAUUAGGGCCCAUAUCACCACACUAGCACAUCUUUGGUGUAACUACCUAGAACCUGGGUAUCACAGUGACAUGUAGGUAACUUGAAACCACUCAACAAAUGGCAGUGUCAAGGCGGUACAUAGUGGGAUUUGAACCUAUGCAUGGACAUGUGCCCGAUCCUAUGCUCACCACCUUAUCCACUAUGCCACUGCCUCUCACAAGAUCAGCUAUCUACUAAGUACCCCUGGAAAUCUUGAGAAUCCGAUUUAAAUUAUUGAAUUCCAGCAACGAAAGCUCAAUAGAAUUGCCGUAUUGAUAUUGAAGUUGAUUUGUGAGUCUGGUAUACUAAUGAGACUUAGAUUUAGGAAAGAUUCACGGUAAGGUUGAUCUCAGACUGAACUUGAGACAUUCCAUGGUAAAGAAACCAGUGUGAUUGGUGAGCUGGGUGUCAUCGCAGGACAAAGGACCUGAGUAGUGGUGUCUUGUGGCAUUGCUUCCACCCACUGACCUGUCUGCUCCUCUCUUGUUUCAUAAAUCUCACUAAACUCA